AUGGCCACCUAUGCCGUGACCAGCCUUAUAUGUGCCGUGGUAUAUUCACCGAUCCCGGGCUCAUGGCCGGCGUUUCUCACAUACUGGACGUAUUUCACCCUAACUAUCUACUUUCUCAUGGUUGCCGAACAGUGCUGCUGCAGAAGGACGGACGAAGACGGGCCUGAAGACUUGAAAAAACUUCCAUGGUAUUUGAUUAUGGUGUGGACUUUGUUUGAGAUCAUGUCCCCAAUGGCCAUUGCUGUCACUUUGCUCUACUGGAUAACGGUCUUCCCACUUCUAAAUUGUCCGAUUGGAAACAAUGGCGUAUUGCUUCAUAUUAUGAACUCGGUCGUGGUAUUGAUCGACCAUUCUGUCACUGCAUUACCCAUUCGUUUAUUGCAUGUUGUUUAUUCCUUGAUAUUUGGCCUGGUGUAUGUUAUAUUUACUGUGAUAUGUUGGGCA